GGGGCCGCCGCCGGGCGAGCGGGACGCAGGAAGAUGGCGGCGGGAGGCGGCGGCGGCGGCCCCGGGCCCGGAGCGGGCCCCGGCGGGGCUGGAGGAGGAGGAGGCGGCGGCGGCGGCGGCCCCGGUGCGCGGAGGGGGAGCGCGUCCCGCGAUGCGGAAGCGGAGGUUUGGAGCCGGCGGGUGCGGGACGUGGUGAGCGCGUCCCCCGCCAACCGGCGCUGCUUCGAGUGCGGGCAGCGCGGCGUCACCUACGUGGACAUCACCGUGGGCAGCCUCGUGUGCACCGGCUGCUCCGGCGCGCUGCGGGGGCUGAACCCCCCCCACCGCGUCAAGUCCAUUUCCAUGACGACCUUCACGGAGGCCGAGGUCCUGUUCCUGCAAGCCCACGGGAACGAGGCCUGCCGCCGGGUCUGGCUCGGCACCUUCGACCCCCGCACGUCGGCGCGUCCCGACGCCCGCGACCCCCAGCGGCUGAAGGAGUUCCUGCAGGACAAGUACGAGAAGAAGCGUUGGUACGUGGCACCGGAGCCCCCCAAGCCCCCCCAAAGCGCCGCGGUUCCCAGCCAGCCGCUCCUCGGGGACGUGGGGACGCUGCUGCAGCCCCGUCCGGCCCCCCAGCGCCCCCCCCAGCCACCCCGGAAAGCCAGCACCGACCUGUUGGCUGAUAUCGGGGGGGACCCCUUCGCCACCCCACAACCAGCACCCACUUUCGCUGCCUUCCCCAACGUCGAUGCCUUCGGAGCCGGCCCCGGAGCACCCGCACUUGGGGGGGCUGCCCCCCCAUUCCACGCAGCCACAGGGGGCGCUGCCGCACGGGGCGGGGCCACCCCUGCCCCGCCCACAGGGGGCGGAGCUUCGGCCAGCCUCUUUGGGACCCUGCGCCCCCCCCCGCCGCCCUAUGGGGGUUACAGCAACCCCUUUGUGGCCGCCCCCCGGCCCUGCACCAACCCCUUCCAGAGCAACGGUGCUGCUUUCGCCACCCCCCCGGUGCCCAGCGCGUUCCCCCCCCCCUUCCAGGCUGAUGGUUCACCCUUCGGUGGCUUCAACGGCGCCAAAGCCUCAACCAACCCCUUCGUGACGGUCCCGGCUGCCCCCUUUGGCAUCAAGCACCCGGCCACCAACCCGUUCCUAUAGCUGCUGCUGCGCUGGGGGGGGCACAGGGACACCCCCCCCCCAUCCAGGACCAGGUUCUAUUUUUAUGACAGAUGUAUCGCGAUAUCUAAUAUAUAUUCGAUAUAAACCGC